CCUCCCAGCUCGCAGUCUCAGGCUGCGGUGCGCAAUCUGGGUGAAAUGGAGCCCCACGUGAGCACGACUGGUGGCAUUUAUCCCAAGUAGUUCAUCCAAUGCAUGGCACACACAAUCAAUGGCAUUCUGUUGCCUGCCUGUCCUGUCUGUCCCACAUGAUUGAUGCCUGCAGGAAUGUGCGUGUGUGGAGCGAUGCACACUGGAAGGUAACGCAAUGCAUUGGUAGUACACACACUACUCCACACAUCGCCGGUUGGCAUGUCUGACUGCCUGUCUGUCUGUCUGUCUGUGUGUCUGUCCUGGGGUGAAGUUGUUCGCUGAGAGGCAUCUCGAUAUGCCGGACUACGGGCCCACCCUGGCUAAGAACCUCAAAGGCGCCCAGAUACAUCUGCUCAGACAGCAGGUACUGUACGACACAAAUAAACAAAGAAAGGAAUGCAGCGCCCCCAAUGCAUUCAUUCUUCAUCGUGGACUGCACUGCCUCUGUGGCCUCACCUCAAUCAUACAAUUAAUGUGUACACGGCAGGACUUGAGCAAGAUGGGCAUCGAGCAGUUCGACCACCAGAAGGUCAUCAUGCACGAGAUUCGGCUUGUUGUGAGCGGCGAGCAUCCCGCGCAGCAGCACCCACUCGGCGGUGGACAAGUCCCGUACGAGCACCAUCACGACGACGAUCAGCAGGAGGUGUGGCAGGAAGAAGACGACGAACAGCCAGACGCCAUCGAGGAAGGAUAG